UAAUUAGAAUAUUUAUGAUUAAAUCUCUCAAUUAGUAACUUUAAGAUCUUGGGCCAAAGAAGUUUUGGUGAUGCCAAGUGGCUAACAACGUGGAUACUAAUGGGCCAAUGGGAAUGAAAUGAAGGAGGGAAGAGGGGACGGUCAAAAAGUCAAAGGAUCCGAAGCACUGUUCAUGGCGUCAUCCCACACUUAUAGACUGUGGCAAUGGUGGUGGGUACUCUCCCAAAAAUUCGUCGUGUAGCUUCCUGCCACAUGGCACUCAUCCAUUGGUUCGUGACCUUCAUCUUAAAACCAUGUUAUUCUCGAUUCUGCCCCCUCAUCGUCCUGUCUUGUUUGUAGCAUGAUGUAUAUUUGUUUGUAAGCCUUUGGAAAUCCAUGGCUUUGCUAUUCUAAGUUCCCUUUUCCCCUUUCCUUUUGGCCAACGGCUCUUGCCAUUCUAGGAAGAAACAUACACAACCGGAGACCAAACCAUGAGCUUCUUCAACCAUGCUUUCAUGCGUAGACCAUGUCACCAGUGGAUAUACCAGGUCGACUUUUUUUUUAAUACGUUUACAACGAUGAUUGUUCUAAUCGAAACAGAGAGAUGCGUGCUCAUGGCAAAUGUACGGAGACUGGGGGGUCGGACUUUUUGGUAACUUGCAUUGGCCAUGGGAUUGGGCUAGGAAAAUCAAAUUGACUUGUUAUUUUUUAUUCGGUAUAUAUGUCAUCCUUUUCCUUGCAUUUCUUCAUUUUCAUUGGGUAUGCAAUACAUUGUACGUGCAUCCCCUCCUUUCUUAAUGUACAUCAAUCCAUCAGACUGCUGCUAUUAUACUCGACGCAAAAUAAAAAUGUCAGGACUUUCGUCUCUCUAAAAAUAAAUAUUUUCAUGUGAUUAAUUACAUAGUUUGCAUCACAAUUUUUUAUUCUUCUUCCAAUCAUAUAUACUUGAGCAUUGGUAUCUGAUUCGAACCGCAAUACGAGCCUCGAUCUUUUACGUACCCACAGACACACUCACAAGUCACACUCCUGGUUUGUAGGUAGUAGAAGAAGGAAGAGAGAAGAUUAAUGCCUGGCCUGGGGGCCAUAAUCCAUAUCAUAUCAUCAUCAAUCUGCUACUCUGCUAGCGUAGCUUGCUACCUGCUGUACAACAUAACAUAAGGCUAAGGGAUUAAUUCCUAGAGAGAGAGAGAGAGAGAGAGAGAGAGAGGAAAGGCAAAGCCAAAGGCAAAGGCAAAGGGAGCAGCCCCCACUUCUCAACCUUAGCUUUUUCUUCCUCCGUUCCAUUAAUUCUCUCCGUUCCACCGCGACACGAUCCGCCUCUGCCGCUCUUCUUUUUUCUUCUAUCUCUCUCCCUCGCUGUCUCUCUUAAAUUCUGCUUUCCUUUCUCCAUCUCCACCGAUCUUUCAGUAUAGUAUAUGGAAAUGGAAGACCGCCACCCACCUCUCCACCUCCAGUUCCCCGCCGCCGGCACCCUCGAUCUCCGCCACUUCAUCUCCUCCUCCUCCUCCCCCGCCGCUGUCGCAGGCAGCGGCGGCGGCGGAGUUCUCAGACCUAUCCCGAACCAGAACUCCUCCCACCACUACUUCCCAGUACUUCAGCCGGACGCCUCUCCCUUCUUCUCCCCUCUCCACCACCGCGAUCACCACACCUUCCCCCCGCCGCCUCCGCCGCCCGCCUACGACAUGAUGAUGCAGCUCCUGCCCCGCUCUCAGCCGGAGUUUCGAGGGGCAGAUUCCGGUACCCCUACUCUAAGUAACUGUGGCGCCGCCGCCCAACCUAGCUCGAGCAGCCUGAGCGGCGGCGGCGGUGGUGGGUUGGAGGGUGACGUCAUGGGCGGGAUGUUCGGCGGCGGCGUGGGAGCAGACGGCGGGACGGGGAGGUGGCCUCGGCAGGAGACGCUGACUCUGCUGGAGAUCAGAUCGAGGCUGGAUCCCAAGUUCAAGGAAGCUAAUCAAAAGGGUCCUCUCUGGGACGAGGUCUCCAGAAUAAUGUCGGAGGAGCAUGGGUACCAGAGGAGCGGGAAGAAGUGCAGGGAGAAGUUCGAGAACUUGUACAAGUACUACAAGAAGACCAAAGAGGGGAAAGCCGGGAGGCAAGAUGGGAAGCACUACAGGUUCUUCAGGCAGCUCGAAGCUCUCUAUGGCCCCACCGACUCAUCACCAACAAGCAACAACAACAACAACAUGUUCAUCAGCCCAACACUACCUCAUCAUCAUUCCUCUCUACAGAUUCAAGAUUCUCCUUACAACAUGGGGACAACCAACAACAACAAUACUAGUUCAACCUUCCACCAUCCCUUCCUCGGCAAUACAAUGUCGUCAGGUGUGGCUCCAACGAACCAAGACGUGCUCUACUCGAGCCUGAGCAUCUCCAACGACUCCUCCGAGUUCGAGUCCUCAGAGGACUCCGAGGGCCAGGAUCCUGCUGCUGCCACAGCUCGUGAAGCUGUGGCAGCAGGGACCGGAGGAGGAGGAGUGGACGAUCAUAACGAUUCGUCGGAGAGGAUGGCGAGGAGGAGCAGGAGGAGGAGGAAGAGCGGUUGGAAGAGCAUGAUCAAGGAUUUCAUCGACUCGCAGAUGAGGAAGCUGAUCGAGAAGCAGGAGGCAUGGCUCGAGAAGCUGACCAGGACACUGGAGCACAAGGAGAAGGAGAGGGUGGUGAGGGAGGAGGAGUGGAGGAAGCAAGAGGCGGCUAGGGUGGAGAGGGAGCAGAAGUUUUGGGCCAAGGAGAGGGCUUGGAUUGAAGCUAGGGAUAGUGCAUUGAUGGAAGCUCUAGGGAAGUUGAGUGGUGGUGGUAAUGGUGGAGGUGGAGAUGUUCAACACCGUCGUGAUCAAGGAGUGAAUGUGAAUAAAACUUCUUCUUCAUCUCCCCACGAGAAUGAUAACGAUAAGGAGAUGAAGAAGAUGAGUGAUGGUGAUUGUGGGAGGAGCUCUUCCUGUAACUAUGGCUUCCAUGGGGAACCAAUGUACAAUCCUGAAGCGUUGCGGAUUCAUCAAAAUCGUGAGCACGUUAGCAAUGCCAAUAACAAUAGGUUGGGUGAGAGCAGCUUUAGGUUCUUGAUGGGGGAAGGAGGGGAAACGGCCAUGUGGGAGAACUAUGGGUUGAAGCUUAGCAAAGGAGAUGACGAUCCUGAUCACGAUCAAAAUCCAUGACGAUCUGAGUUUGCUAAAUGGAAGGUACUAUAAGUGUUUUUAUGCGCAUUUAGUACGAAAGAGACAUAAGUUAGUUACUAUAUGGAGCUGACAUGUUUGCUUUGUCAUUGAAAUGACAAUGCAUUGUUGAUGAUGUAAAAGGUGAAGAGAAGAUAACAUUGGAGGGGGGAAAUCAAGGUUAUGGGUUGACUUAAAGGAUUUGGCAAAUGCUGUUGCUCUAUGAUAUCUAGGGAGUUGGGAAGACCAAUUUUCUGUUCUUAUAUAUAUAUUAUUACAAGCUGUUCAAGAUCAAAUCUAAUUAUAUGUGAUUAGUCAAUGAUAUUAAGGAAGUAUCUGACUUAUUAAUUUGCUUAAUCACUAUCUUUCUUCUUGUAAUGUCUUGGGGAUUGGUCUCUCAUUUUUGUAAUGGAAUCUUUAAAAGCUAUAUGGGUUUUGUUCAUAUGGGAAUUUCUUUGUUCAUCUGAAAUUUAGUUAUAAAUGAUAAGGGGAAGAAAUAGUACUCUCUAUUAUGUUGGUGGUCACUUAAUUUGUUCAUCCUUUAUCAUGUCCUAUAUUUGAACUCCAAAACUUAUUGGGAUAAUUUAUCUCUCUCUUCGAAUUUGGAGUAUAGUCUUCUGGUAUCAGGUAACUCAACGUGAGAAAUAUGUUAGCUAAAUGUGUUAGAGCUGCAACAAAAUUUCAUUGACGAAUGAAAACAUGAAAUUCUAUGUGUAUGCAAAAACAUAUAGGGUUGUUAUACUUACUUCACAUCAAAUAGUUUUCUUGUAUGCUCUUCGAUAAGAUUAACAUCUCAAUUGUAUAUAUUCAUAUAAUUAGUCAGUUCCUUUUCUCUCUUGAAUCAAUAACAAUACAAAGAUUAUCGAGAUCGAGAGAUACAACCACUUGCUCGAUCUAAAUCUUUGGCCGAAUUCAUUACUCAGAAGGGGACUACUCGAACAUUAGCCCUAAUGGAUCUAUGAAGAAAAGUGGGAGAUUUCAUCAUCUUCAACAGAAAGACAGCCUUUGCAAACUGUGAAUUUCAUCAUUUGUUGUUGUUUUUUGUUUCUUAUCUGUCCGUGUUCGAUGUUGGCGCUGUCUUCGAGCUCUGGUUAUAUACUGAAUUUAUAAAAGCAACGAAAAGAAAAUAAUGAAGAAAAACAAAGUCUGGUGUCCGUUUUUGGUUGAUGGGAAAUGCUGGCUUUCCUGAAGUUGAGUGCCUGAGAUACGCAACCUAGCUAGCUUAAAGUCCUGCACAAUGUACCAGGUCUGUCCAGAACUCUCCCCCACCACAUUCAGUAAUAAUUGUGUUUUUUUUAUGUUAGGAAAAGAAAUCCAUCGUCAAAUACGACGAUUCUCAUGAAUACUCGAUAAGUUCAUAAGAACGACUUAUUCAUAUACAAUAGAUCUGCAUGUAGCGAGUACGAGAGUUAAACAGGAGUGCAGGAAUAAUUAUUCACGUCCACAUCAAACAAUUAUUGAUAUAUUCAUUAACCGAUUCAUUCAAAACCAUUCGAGAUAUAUGUUUUUCUAAAAAUAAAUAUUAUAUCAUUAAUUCAAUAAAUUACGGAUCUAAAAAGUAGACAUAAGAGCCGUAAUAUGUCGUAAUUUAGAAAAAUUCAAAUAACUCAUCUUGUGAUCUUUUUUAGCUAAAUUAAGUCACAUGAUGGUGAUUAAUUGGAGUUUGCCAUCACAUAUAGCCAUGAAGGAGUGAAGAAGCUUCGUCCCCAGCCCCAGGGGAAGAGCCAAAAGGACCCAAACAAAACAGGAAAUAAUACAGCAAGCAAGAUUAC